AUGCUGCCUCAAAAAACAAUAUUGCUCGCUCCUUUGCUAAAAGACUCUGUUGAACUUGAUCUCAAUGCAGGCCGUCAAGCUUGUUCUUCUUCUUGGUUUUCAAAUGAGUUUGAAUUCAAUGUUCACUUUCCAUCUUUCACUGCUUAUGAAUCUGGAGAGGAUGAAUAUCAAUUGGGUAUUCAAGAGUGCAAAAACUGCAUUAUUGGUCGUCUGGUUUUACCUAAGGUCUCAUCACCUAUCAAGAUUACAGAGAUUCAUUCAAAGCUACAGACUCUUUGGAAUCUUAAGCCUGGGGUUAUUUCUCCUCUAGGUAAGGGUUUCUUUUGCUUCAAGUUUUCCUGUGAUGAAGAUAUGAUCUAUGUCCGGUCUUCUGGUGCAGAUUUUAAUCCUUAUAAUCAAAACCAGAGGUUAGAUCAAGUCUGGGUUAGGAUUUAUGAUCUUGGUUUUGAAUACUGGAGAUCGAAAAAUUUGUUUGAGAUUGCUAGUGCCUUUGGUGAUCCUCUUUACAUUGAUAAUGCCACAUUAACUAGAAGAUUUGGUCUGUAUGCUCAAGUUAUGGUGGAGGUUUAUCUCUCAAAACCGCCUCUUACUGAAGUGCUUGUAAAACGCAAAGAUUACGAAUUCUUUGCUUCUGUUGCCUAUGAAAAAUUUCCUCAUUAUUGUGCAUUUUUCAAAACUAUUAGGCAAACUCAAAAUGAAUAUAAAAAGAAGAUUAGUAAAGAAGCUUCUUCAGAUAAAGGAGAAAGACAUCAGAAAAAACAAGUGUACGCUCCUAAGAAAACAAAUGCUCUAGAACAAGCAAUGAUGAUAAUGUUAUGA